GCGAGCUGCCGGCCCCUGCUGGCCGCAGGGAGCAGGAGCUCCGUCAGCGGGCCGCCCGAGCAUCACGGCGGCGGCGGCCGGUGCGAGCCCGCUACAAGCGUCGGCAAGGCGCGCGGCUGCAGGCACCGCCCGCACUGCGGCGCCGGACUGCCUGGCGCUGGCGGAGGCCCUGUUCGAGAAGUACCCCGACAGGGCUCUGGCAGCGGUGGAGAUGUGGAUCUUCCUCUGGCGGUGCGGCAGGGACCCCUCGGGCCUCACCGCGUCCAAGGUGGCCAUCCUGGCGCAGUCCCUGCCGGAGCGCGGCGCGGGGCCGACGACCCAGAUGGGCAGCGAAGCAGCGGAGACGGUGCUGGCGAGGUGGAAGGGGCUGUUCGAGGAGGCGGAGUACGACGAGCUCUUCGACGGCAUGGCCGACGGCGCGGAGCUCUGCGACGGCGAGCUCCCGUCCCACAGCCAGCUGAACAUCCGCGAGGCUGGCUUCGCCGAGAACGAGGCGGUGGAGCCUCUGAAGGACUGA